CUUUAUGGGAAGGAGGAAGCACAGGCCCACAAGGCGACUCGACAGCGCGGAGGCUCCCCAGCGGCCCGCCAUGGCUGAAGGAGGCUCCGGAGCGGAGUCCGCGCCCCCCACCCCCUCCAUGUCCUCCCUGCCUCUGGCAGCGCUCAAUGUGCGAGUGCGGCACCGCCUGUCGCUCUUCCUAAACGUGCGGACGCAGGUGGCUGCCGACUGGACUGGGCUGGCGGAGGAGAUGAACUUCGAGUACCUGGAGAUCCGGCGGCUGGAGACGCAUCCCGACCCCACGCGCAGCCUGCUGGACGACUGGCAAGGACGCCCUGGCGCCUCGGUGGGCCGCCUGCUCGAGCUGCUUGCCAAGCUGGGCCGCGACGACGUGCUGGUGGAACUGGGGCCCAGCAUUGAAGAGGACUGCCGAAAGUAUAUUCUGAAGCAGCAGCAGGAGGCAGCUGAGAAGCCUUUACAGGUGGACUCUGUAGACAGCAGCAUCCCUUGGAUGUCAGGCAUCACCAUUCGAGAUGACCCCCUGGGGCAAAUGCCUGAGCAUUUUGAUGCCUUCAUCUGCUACUGCCCCAGCGAUAUCCAGUUUGUGCAGGAGAUGAUCCGGCAGCUGGAACAGACCAACUAUCGGCUGAAGUUAUGUGUGUCUGACCGAGAUGUCCUGCCUGGCACCUGCGUCUGGUCCAUUGCUAGUGAACUCAUUGAAAAGAGGUGCCGUCGGAUGGUAGUGGUUGUCUCUGAUGAUUACCUGCAAAGCAAGGAAUGUGACUUCCAGACUAAGUUUGCACUCAGCCUCUCUCCAGGUGCCCAUCAGAAGCGACUGAUCCCUGUUAAGUACAAGUCAAUGAAGAAAGAGUUCCCCAGCAUCCUGCGGUUCAUCACUGUCUGUGACUACACCAACCCCUGCACCAAGUCCUGGUUCUGGACUCGCCUUGCCAGGGCCCUAUCCCUGCCCUGAACUGCCCUGGGUCCCUGGGUGUGCAUGCAUCUGUCUGCCUGUACAUGUACUUCUGCAGCUGUAGGGGGAAUGUGUGUGCUCCACUGGCCUCUUGAUUCCUGGACAUGGCAACUCCACAGACCAGCUGAAGCCACUGUACAUAUCUGGACAUCACAUCUCAUGUCCUAAACAGAACAUGCAGCAGCAAGUGGCACACCCGCUUGCUGGGUUAUAAGCCAGGACAGUGGAAACCAGAGCCAGCUGGGACUAAGAGGUGGACCAGAAGAGCCAGCUCUUACCCAUCCACACAUCUUAGACCUCAGUUUCUCGGUAGAGAACUAUGUGGCUGUGUUCGAAGCACUGUGGGAAAUAGGGAAUCAUUGUUCUGAGUCUCCUGGGGGAGACAAAUCUUGGCUGAGAGAGAGCUGGCGGCCUGGGCACAUGCUGACCACUGCUGGAACCACGGCACUGCUGGGACAGCUGCUUCCACAAGGGUGCCUGCUGAUGCUUUGAGGUCUCAUUGCCCCACCUCACAUCCCACUUCCUCUUGCCCCAGGGACAGAUGGGGAACCAGGCUGGCUCAGCACAAGGAGAUCCUGCAUUAAGCCUGAUUCCCCAGUGGGUCCACCUCUCAUCUGCCUCUUUGAUUCCUCCCAGCCUCUGCCCACCUUCAGUGUGCUAAGUCCCCAAGAGACUGGCCUGAGCGUCUGGGACUGCUUUUCAUUUCUUGUCAAGUGCCUGUGGUCCUAUGCUCAGCUCUGCCCUGCAUGAGAUGGGAUUCCCAACUUCUGACAUCUCCAUCAGCUCACCAUGGCAGAAUGAGCAGGUAGCCUUCCUCUUUGGAACACCCAGAGAGAACAUUCCAACCAAUAUUCUGUAUUAACUGCCUUACGAAGUUGUUUUCUGGGACUAGUUUACAAUGACCACACAAGAGCCUCCUGCCCCAAAGCCUGUGGGCACACGGACACAUACAAGCUCACACGCAGAGACGCUUAUACAGGUGCACACCCACCUUCAUGCACACACAUACAGGCAUCUUCAUGCACACAUUUCCCUGGGUUCAGCUUCUGGAUACGGCUGGAUGGGACAGUCCCACCAGAGAGGGGGCUUAACCCUGGACAAAGAUGGGACACGCUUGUAUUCUUUUUCUCUUUUUCCCUCUUCAUCGUAACCAGACUCUGGAAAUGCCAGCAUUUACACGUUCAGUGAAGCACAGAGUGAGGAAAGAGGUGCUUGAAUUCACAUAGCAAGUUAGCGACGACAGCUAUUUUCCCUCCCUGGGGGAUUUGUAUGUUUCCCUAGAACUCUCCUUCGAGAAGGAAAUGUCAUGGUCUUGGGUCUCUGUCCCAGGAUAGAACUCAGGACCCUAAAUCUACUAGGAAAUGGCAUUCUGCUCACCUCCAGCAAGGAGUAGGGCAAAGCACCUUACCUCGAGGUCUCAGGAGGGACGGGAGGGCCCUCUCUGCGUGACCUUGAUGAAGCACUUAGCUGCCAGGCACCUAUCCCCACGUUGAUAUUGGAGAGUAUUUUAAAACAAUUUGAAGAAAGUAUCUUUCAUACCCGGUUUGUAUUCUUUGGGAGAAUUUUAAAGAGAGCUGAGAAAUGCCUCUGUUGGUAACCUCCCCUUCUGUACCCUAGGUUUAUAAUAAAGAGUUCUCUACUUUGG